ACUCAGCUAGCUGUCCGACGAGUUUUGUUAUUGGCGGAGAAAAGAUUACGCUGGUUUAUAAAUUCUCAGUUAAGCCGAUUUCUCAGCUUCUCUCCCCCUGCAGAGAUCUAACACACCUAUAUAUAUAUAUAUAUAUAUAUAUAUAUAUUUUAUAUAUUCCUCGAUCGAUUUGCGAUCCCGAAAGUCGAUCGGUCGUGCGUCUAUAUAUUUUUUUUUCUGUUCUUGCCCCUCGUGCAACAUCAGUGAACAUCAGCGACCCACCGUACAAAAUCUCAAUAAGAAAAAAAAGAGAGCAUAAAGUGAAAUUGCCUUUUGCGGCAAGUAAGAAAACGACCGAAAAAGAAAAAAGAAUAUACUGACUAUUUGAAUUAAACGAAGUUUGUUGUUUACAAUAGCAUACAAUACAAGUUUAUAAUCUAACGGGCGUUGCUGUGCGUGUGUGUGUGCUUGUGUGUGCGUGCGUGUAGUUGUUGCGCCAAAAAUUCCAAUCGGAAUUCUGGAACAGCUGGCCACAACAACAAAACGCGGCCAAUAGAAGAACAAUUUAGCUGCUGAAAAAUGGGCGACUUCGAUCUGAAUGUGGACAGUUUGAUACAGCGGCUGCUGGAGAACUUUAAAAAACAAAAAGAGGCCGAAGAGCACGCCCAGAAGCUGCUAAUCGCUCAACAAUUGGCCGCCGCCGGCGGAGCAUCCGGCGCAUCCGCCACAUCGCCCACAUCCAGCAGCAAUUACUCGUCGAUGGCGGCGGUGGCCUCCUUUGGAUCCGGAUACGGAUCGGGAUCAGGUGCUGCUGCUCCUGGUGCCGGCGCUGGCCCAGGUUCCAGCCAUGAUCCGGUGGACGAUCUCACCGAACAGCAGCGCCGUCUGCUCCAGCAAUACUCGAUAUCGCCGCCCAGCGAGACGAUGAUAUCGGCCGAUGGCGACCAGAUCACCGUCCAUCAUCCGCGCGAGGAGCCCAAGAAAUCCAGAUUGAAACUGCGCGAUUUUUUCGUCGCCGAGUUUGUGCGCAGCUGCCGAACGGGCAAGCAGGUCCAGAUGACGGAGGCGGAGGUGCGUGGCCUCUGCCUCAAGUCGCGCGAGAUCUUCUUGCAACAGCCCAUCCUGCUGGAACUGGAGGCACCGCUGAUCAUCUGCGGCGACAUUCACGGCCAGUACACAGACCUGUUGCGCCUGUUCGAGUACGGCGGAUUCCCUCCGGCUGCCAACUACUUGUUCCUCGGCGACUACGUCGAUCGGGGCAAGCAGUCCCUGGAGACCAUCUGCCUGCUGCUGGCCUACAAGAUCAAAUAUCCGGAGAACUUCUUCUUGUUGCGCGGCAACCACGAGUGCGCCAGUAUUAAUAGGAUAUACGGCUUCUACGAUGAGUGCAAGCGCCGAUACAAUGUCAAACUGUGGAAGACUUUCACAGAUUGUUUCAACUGUUUGCCGGUAGCCGCCAUCAUUGACGAAAAGAUCUUCUGCUGCCACGGCGGCCUCAGUCCCGAUCUUCAGGGCAUGGAGCAGAUCCGACGCCUGAUGCGGCCCACAGAUGUGCCGGAUACCGGGCUACUGUGCGAUCUCCUGUGGAGUGAUCCCGACAAGGAUGUUCAGGGCUGGGGUGAGAACGAUCGCGGUGUGAGCUUCACAUUCGGCGUGGAUGUGGUCUCCAAGUUCUUGAACCGGCACGAGCUGGACUUGAUCUGCCGUGCACAUCAGGUUGUGGAGGAUGGCUACGAGUUCUUUGCGCGUCGGCAACUGGUCACGUUGUUCUCGGCGCCCAAUUACUGUGGAGAGUUUGACAACGCCGGCGGAAUGAUGACCGUGGACGACACGCUUAUGUGCUCAUUCCAGAUCCUGAAACCAUCCGAGAAGAAGGCCAAGUAUCUGUAUAGUGGAAUGAAUUCGUCGCGACCCACAACACCGCAGCGCAGCGCCCCAAUGCUUGCGACCAACAAGAAGAAAUAAUAUAUCCAUCCGCUUCCAUUUCCUUAAAGGUUCAACAAACAACAGAAAUAAACUUUUACAUAGAUACACACAUAUAUAUACAUAUAAAUGUAACGAAACGAUAGAAAAGGAGAGCGUUAGGCGUUAGUAGAGAAAGGGCAAAUGAUAAAUUAAAUGUGUGAGCUAUUAAAGCAAGCAAAAUCGAAGUGCAUGAAUAUCAACAUCUAUGUGAAUCCGUCAUAAUCUGUAAACAUAUUGUGGCAUCUGUAUCCAACUUGAUUACCUUAUCCGUGUACCUGCUAGUUGCAGCAGGAGCAUCAGGAGCAGCAACACCCGCAGCAGCAGCAGAAACAUCAGUGAAACACUCAGAGGCCCAUAGUUAAGUCGAUUCCUGCAUUUGAAGAUUAUCUGUUGAAUGGAAAUUGUAACAGCAGCUCCCACAUCCAAAACUCCCGAAACAUGCAGAUAAAUAAAUACAUUAAAAGUACAGCGAUGUUAAGCAAUGAAUUUAUAUAUAGGCUUAUUAAUGUAAACUAUAUACUAUAUACUUAUAUAUUCAUAACUACAAGAGAGAAACGAAAACCUAAACAACAAGAAAUCAAAAAGGGAAAGCAAAGUAUCUGGCCGUUGUGCGAAUCCUUUGGGGCUCGUGGAGCAAACCACAUGGACUAGCUAUUACUUUACUUUUCCUUUUGGCCGUGCGCCGAGCUUACAAAAUUCGCUGCAAAUUGUUCGAUUUUUGGUUCUCUUCCUAUCGACUAAGUGCGCAUUACAAAUUUGUCUAACAAAAUAUUAGGAAAAAUCAAAAAAUAAGAAACAAAAUUAUAAUAAUAAUAAUGAACGGAAACGAAAUGUAACGAAAACCUAUAUUGUAAGCUUAAAACAGUUCAACUCUGUGUGUGUAUUUUAUUUAUUAUGUAUCUAUAAAUAUAAAUAUAUGUUCUUUUUGUCAUUGUUUAAUUAAUUUAUUGCUUACAUUGUAUUUAUAAAACGCAAAACAAUUAAUCCCUAACAACUAUUUUUUGUCAUUAUACUCGGUUUAAGUGGCAAAAUACUGUUAACGUGUUAAUGGGCAUUUAACGAUUGGGGCUUGUUUUCAAUUGCCUAAACUUUACCUAGAAAAACUCCAACCUAACUUAACUUGCCUCACACACAAAAAUGAAAAUGAUAUAUAAAUAAAAGAGUAUAAAAUUAACGAAUUUUGAAAGCAUUACUUCGAGUUCUUGAAACACCAAUUUUUGUGCAUAUUUAGUUUAUAAAUAAGAAACGGAAUUCGUUAGGAAUCGGUAGAAUCGGCGAACAAGUGAAUAAGAAUAUAUAUGAAAGUAUAUAAGUAUAUACAGAAGGAACGAAAGAAAAACUAAUUUUUUAAUCGUCGUAACUUAUUAGAUUAUAGUGCCUUUUUUGCCUCCCAAAUGAAAAUUCACAAACGAUAACGAGCAUGUACACUAACAAAUGGUUUAUAUAUACAGAUCAUAUACACAUAUAAAUAUACAGCUAACGAAAGCUAAUUAUGGAGUAAA